GGUCCCAAGACCAUUUGACCGUAGUCGCUGGUACCUAACGCGCGUGCAUCGGAUUGGCAUUCCACCGCGUCAUACCGUUUGUCGUCGUGAUCGUGAUCGAUGCUCACUGUCGCCGUCCAAGAAGGAAAAGAUCAAUUUCUCCAGCCGCGCGCAACAGUCUAGACGGGAUCACGUCACGACUGAUUGGCGAGCGAUCUGCGCUAAUGAGGCACGAUCUUUGAAAAUUCCACCCAUCACGGAGGAGGCCCGGCGCGCGUGCGCGUGUGUGAAAAGCGUCUAGAUUUUUGGACCCCUGCUGCCGCCAAGUGGUCGAGUCAGUGCAGUGGAAGUAAGCGAAGGAAAACAAAAACAGAAACAAGUCAGCUUCAGGUACCGAGCAGUGAGAGUGUCGCCGCCUUCAACGGGCAUAUCCGCGAGAGGUCUGCGACGCAGCAUCUGGCCCUGGCAAUCUCAUAUCGAUUCGAGAUCGCGGACGGUUCGGAGGUGAAAACUUUUACCUCUUCGCGGCUGGAGGGUGGACGGAUAUGCGUGGUGCGCGUGUGAAAAUCUAAACAUUGUUGAGGUGGAUAAUAGCGGUAGUGGACAACGAGCAGACCAGGGACGCCUCGGACGUGGGUGCAGUCAAAGUUCAUAUGGUGUGAAAGGGAAUGUAAUAACCGUUUUCAUCGUUGGAAAGGUUACAAAGUGAGAUCGGGAUACAAGUGCCUGGCAGUGUCGAUUACAAAACUGAUAUUAGAAGGUAGAUUGUACGCUAUUCGUGCCUGUUGGAAGAAACAGUUGGGUUACUGAGAAAUAUUACAAAGUUUUACAUAAUCGGCGAUUGUUGGAAAGUUAAUGAACAUUGCAAAAAGGAUCUCGAGCCUUGAUGACCCAGGAUGCUGACGAUGAUAACACUCUUGUUGGUCACGUCUGUGCUCCGGACGGCUGCUCUGAAUCCGCCCCCAAAUGACCCUCGUGUGAAACCGGUCCGAACGAUGCUGCUGCCGACCGUUCCACCGGAUGUGUUGUUUCCCGCAAUCCACGCACAACCACCACCGCCAACAGCGGGACCACCUCAGCUGGAGGGCGGCGUUCAUUACGAGCAUUCGAUAUCGCUGGGGCCUAACAGCAACUACUACGUGUACUACUCGGACAACGUACAACAGCAGCCACAGCAGCAGCUGUCGCAACCGGUGGCCUAUCAGCCGCUCGUUGGUUACACCAACGAACAGUCUAGUCAGAUAAUGUUCAACUCCAACUCCUUGCCGGUGCAACUGGUGACCCUUGUCCAACCCACGGUCGACGCAGCCAUACAACAGGAGAAUGCUACCGCUGAACGACAGCUCUUGCCUACACCUUUGCCACCUCCUUUGCCAUACGUGGAUAUCAACGAAGAAGGAAUUCAAAAACUGGUCACUUCUACGCAGAAUUUGGUAACAAACGAAGAUGUCGUGAGCAUCAACAAUGCCGAAGAAGACGAGGUUCAAUCCACGGAUGUGAUAGAAGAAACGGCGAAAGCGAAAACUUCCGAUAGUGAACCAAGCGAAAGCUCAAAAAAAGAAAACCGACUUAACGACAAUAUCGCUGUUCCAUCGUUUGAUAAUCCAAUCGUUGUCGGCGAUACAGCUGAAAUAACGCCCCGAAAUCAACGAUCAGGAACCAAAAUCGAUAACCUGCUCAAGCAGAUCAAUGUAGAAAUUCUGGGAGAAGCUGAUGAUCAUAACAAAGGUCAGUUUUUGAAAGAAACCAGCUACAAAAGUAACCAGUUGAUACCAGAACCUUGCGAGGACGAUGGUAAAUCCAUUCCGGUUGAAAUCAAACAUGAAGUUACUACAAUCCGUCCAAUAACCUUCAGUACCAAGACUCGAGGGUCAACGGCAUCGAGACUGAGUACUCGUUUCCGUACGACUACUUCCAAUAUACCUUCGCCCACCGCACGUUAUACAGCAAAAGAUUCGAUCACUCCAAAACCUGUUACGCCGAAAUAUUUACCACCGCUUCAAGCCGGAUUACGCUUGUCCAACUCUGACAAAAACGGUGAGGAUUGUAUUGAUGACAAUGGUUCAAAAACGGUUGUGGAAGUUCAAAAGAGUAUCAACCUUAAGAAUUUGAUAGUAGGUCCACAAAUAGUACAACCCACUAAUCAGCCCGAGUUUGGCGCUCGAACAACGGUUCUGCAUCAACCGAUCAUCGUUGAGAAACCUGUUGACCGAAUUAUCAAACAGAACGUUUUUAUCGAGAAGCCAGUUGAACGUUUGGUUCCUCAACCGGUGUACAUUGAGAAACCGGUUCACCAUCCAGUAGAUCGUAUCGUUGAGAAACAAGUCCCAGUUCCAUACCCAGUAGAAAAGAUCGUCGAAAAACCAGUGCCUACUCCUGUUCAUGUUCCAUAUCCUGUAGAAAAGCAAGUUCCUGUUCAUCACUAUGUCGAUCGUCCAGUACCUCAUCACAUUCCUAUCCCUGUGACAGUGGAGAAAAUUGUCGAAAAACCAGUCACCAUAGAGAAGGUCAUCACAAAAGAAGUACAGGUUCCGUACCCUGUGACCCAAAUCGUGGAAAAAAUCGUAGACCGCCCCAUUCCUGUGGAAAAAGUAAUCACCAAAGAAGUACAAGUUCCCUAUCCCGUAACUCAGAUCGUCAAUCGACCUUACCCGGUUGAGGUCCCGGUAGAAAAAGUCGUCGAAAAAUUCGUCGAUCGACCAGUUGAAACGGUUGUAGAAAAACACGUUGAAGUUCCCGUGCCCGUUACCGUUGAAAAGGUCGUCGAAAAGUUCAUUGAUCGCCCGGUUCCCUAUCCAGUUCAAGUUCCCGUUGAAAUUCCGGUUCAGGUCCCCGUUCACUAUCCCGUAGAAGUCCCCGUUGGGGUUCCCAUCCCAUAUGCCGUGGAAAAACUCAUACCCGUCACUAUUCAUGAGCCUAAGCCAACUCACGCAAUUAUCAAAACCACUCAUCACGAGAAACUUUUCGACUUCCAUAAGUUUUUUGGAUUGAAGAAGAAACACUACACUGAACACUAUUUCUUAAAAGCUCCACCUCUGCCAAAGCCCCCCUUGAUCGAAGCCCCUGGUAAACACUACUACUUCCACAACCAACAUCCAAAAAAUGAUCUACACUUUGGGGCCUCGAUUGCGGCACCGUCCUAUGUGGACGUGGGUCAGAUCAACGUCCUACCCCACCACUUUCCAGAAAAAUCCAAACACAUCUACGGUACCCCACUCACCGGAGAGGUCUUCAACGGUAAAUCAUCGUACCAUUUCAACCCGUAUCAGCCAUAUUCGCUAAUCGAUCAAUCGCACUUUGUAGGCAAGUUCACCUACCAAGCAGCACCGUUACCGCCGCAACCGCAACCGCACCACCACUACCAAACGUCAACAGUGCAGCUCCUGCCCGGGGUCUACAAGGACGAUUACGUAGGGCCGACGCCUUUGCUGGAGGAUCACUGGGCCGUCAAGAGCGAUGUGAAGUUCCGCCGAAGUCCCACGUACGGCAAGAGCCUGCGAAUCGAAUACGGAGGUUUUAAGCCCCCGCUAGUGCCAUCGUUGGAGAUCGACGAGAACGGAGUGCCGCUGAACAAGGAGCAAAAUGCGAAUUAAGCGAGGGACCCGGCAAACGGCUGGGUUGCACCCCCCUUGUAGACUGAGAUUGUUGUUGACUGGUGCGCUCUGCACCUGUUUCUGUUUUUAGAGUAGUUCAGCUGGAGAAUGCUGCGAAGACUCUUCUGUUACAGGAUUAGGUUAGAAGCUAUAGGGAAGGCUAUAGCGAUGGAAUAAUGCCCAAAAUGCCAACAUAAAAGCCCAUUUUAUAGGUAAUAGAAUAGUAGAACCUAAUGAUAAGUAAUUUAUUGUUACAUCGGUUAGAAUUAGGAAACCAAAUAAACGUAAAUAAAAUUUUA